AUGUCGAAAGUUAAUAUUUCAGAAUUACGUCCACCGAUUCCGGACAUUAGUACUCCAGAUUUUCAUACAGUGAAGGUUAGAUGGGACAACUGCCAAGAAGAUUUGGAACGAAAGAGCAUAUUUGCGAUUAUUGAAGUUACAUUAAAAACUAAAGGUGUGAGCGAUUGGACUCGCAUAUACCUAGGGAAAGGUCUUUCAUGUACCUAUGAAAAUCUCAAAGGUUCAACAGAAUAUGAAUUACGUCUAAGAUAUAAAGUGGGAGGUAGGUAUGGACCCUAUAGUGAUUCCGUAAAAUUUAAAUCACCCGCGGAGCCAAAUACCGGCUAUGACCUUCACAGAGCCAUCGAAUUUGAGAACAUCGAUAAGUUGAAUGCUAUACUUGAGAAUAGGAAUAGGAAGAUUGAAUAUACCGAUCUAAUGGAUCAUACUCCAUUGAUGGCUGCUGUUAUUAAAAACAAAAUGAACAUUGUUCAAAUUCUUCUGAAGUACGGUGCAGACGUGAACACGGCCAAUAAAUUGGGGCGCACAGCUCUAAUGAUUUCCUCCAAUGAAGGACAUGUCGAUAUUGUCGAGUUACUUAUUCAAAGAGGCGCAAAAGUAAAUGCACAGGAUGCCAAUGGAAUGACGGCGAUAUUUUAUGCUGUGGAUGGAGAAUUUAGCAAUGUUAUUCGAACCCUAGCUAAUGCUGGAGCAGACGUCAAUCAUAAGGAGUCCGAAAAUGGGUACACCCCAUUAAUUCGUCUCGCUUCGCUGACCAACAAUGGAAAUGCAGAGGUUGGGAAGACAUUGCUUGAGCGUGGAGCUGCAGUCAAUCAACAAGAUAAAUUUGGACGAACCGCCCUCAUACAUUGCGCUUUUCAUCAAAGUCAUAAUGACCUUGCAAAGGUUCUCUUGGAAUAUGGAGCAGAUAUAAAAAUUCCAAACAAAAUGGAUAUAACACUUGGAAUGACGUAG